AUGGCGACCACCAACGAAACUUCCAACGCAGUGCUGCAGGGGCUCACACGAUGUAUGAAUUGCUUGGGUGAAGAAGAUCGAAACGCCCGCAAGAACUCAUUAAUUAGCAUUAAAAAAGAGACUGUUGACAGAAAACCCGAACUAAAAGACUCUGAACUCAAAAUUAUAUUUUCCGAACUAUUAAAACCGUUGCUGAGAACGCUUUCCGAUCCUGUGGAAAGAUGUCGAGAACUUUCUGUGUCGAUUCUUUUUGCAUUUUUCAAAAAAGUAUCACACCCAGAAGAAUAUUUAUCGUAUACAAUUCCCGUAUUUGUGCAGAGACUUGGGCAACAAGAAAUUUUAGAGCCGUCCGAAGAAAUUCGACUACAAAUGGUAGAAGUCAUUUCGUUUCUUGUUGAAACAUGCGACAGUAAGAUAGGCAUAUAUAUGGAGGAUUGCAUUCGAAUUCUUCAGAAAACAAUAGGAGAUCCAUUUGCAGACGUGAAAAAGGAGAGUUGCAGAUGUUCGUCGCUGCUAGCUAAGUCAUCUCCACAGUAUUUUUACUUGCAAGCAGAAAGUCUGGUCAAGCCCCUGCUCUUGAAUAUAGCCCACCAACACUCAAAAGUCCGCCAGAUCAUUGUUGAAACAAUUGGUACUGUCUUGCAGUACAGCAAUGGCAAAGCUGUAGAUGAUGUAAUCUCACAUUUGGCUCAACGUCUGUUUGAUAAAACACCUGCAGUGAGAAAGGCUGUGACUAAAGUUGUUGGUGGCUGGCUUCUGGACCUGCCUGAUCGUUACUCCUACCACCACAAACUCAUUCCUCUGUUGUUGACCAGUUUGUCUGAUGAGCAGGCAGACAUCAGAGAGCUUGCUGAUGGUCUUUGGCAUGAUAUUGGCUUGAAAUAUGAACGAGAGAAUGAAGAAGAUCUAAAAGAUAAGCUGGACUUCCCAGCCCCACAACCCAAGCAUUAUCCACCAGGGGUUGAGAGACCGACCUUGGGCUGUAGAGUCUUGGUGAAUCGUCACCUGUCCAAGAUACUACCAGGUCUGGUGCGGGACUUGAGUGACUGGGUUGUGGAAACCAGAAUAAAGUGUGCAUCACUGCUGUACUGGCUGUUGAUAAAUGCUGAAGAGUACACUACUCAGCAUGUUGAGAUUCUGCUGAGUGGGCUGUUCAAGGCCGCGCUUGAUGAAGAGCCGGCUGUUGUCAACGAUGUUAAAAAGUGCGGUGAACUUGUUGGAUACUUUGUGCAACCUGACAUCUGGAAAAAACUAGUGCUAGUGGCAUUGAAGCAGUCUCUUUCCCAUGGAGUGGUCAUGACUUUGGCGGCCAUUGUGAGAGGCAGUGAACAUGAUGCUCUUCUCGAUCAUCAGAUUGAUCUGGCAAAUUCUUUAUUGAAUCCUGAUAUCUGCCAGACGGUCGACGCUAAGAUGCACAUCGAGAUCAUCAGCUUCUGUUCAUCACUGCUGUCCACCAUGGAAACAGACAUCCAGGCUGUUAGUCAGCAGCUGUUCAACCUGUUAAUUACUGUCGUUGCCCUGUCACAGAAUGAGGACAGCAUCAGCUCGGCCAAGUUAUGCUUAGAUCAACUUGCCAAAGCACAAGGAUUAACUGACAGAAAACAGCUUUUUGAAAACUGUACCAAGCCUCUGAUAGAUUCUUUUGGACAAGGAAUCGAACUUUGGACAAAUCACUCGGCAGAGAGACAGAUCUUUGAUACUUUGUUAGUUGAAGCAGGUCCAGUUGUUGGUGGCUACUUGGAUGACAUCAUCCCCAUCCUUGUCACAAACCUGAACCCUAGUAAAGAUCCAGAGUUGAGGCUGAAGUUCUUCUCUCUGCUCUCACACCUCAUCCUGGCUGCACCGGCAACUGUGGACUCUGAACACCACUUUGCUGAUUUCGCUGAUAUUGUGGUGAGAGAUAUGAUCUUGCCAAACUGUGUGUGGAAAGCAGGAAAGACUGCCGGUGCUAUACGUACUACAGCCAUAUCUUGUAUGUGGGCUUUACUGCAGAGUGGGUUGUUAACCAGAGAGAAGAUGAUGCCAGUGGUGGAGUCAGUCCUCACUCAGCUGACAACUCUCAUUGAAGACGACAACAAAACCACACGUCUGGUUGCAUGCCGGGUUAUGACCAGGACCUUUGACCUCAUGGGGACAAGUCUUGAUCAGGAUAGGUUACAUAAUCUGUAUCCAGAACUGCUGAAGCGUCUUGAUGAUAGCAGUGAUGACAUAAGAUUGACUGUGACUCACACAAUUAAGGCCUACUUUGACUGUUUCCAAGAAGGCUAUGAUGUGAGUUUAUACAGAGCGCACCUGGAAGCUAUUUAUCGUGGUUUGUUGGUUCACCUGGAUGACCCGGAGAACAAGAUACAAGAAGCUGUUUUAGAUGUGUUGAAUAAAGCUGCAGAACUAGCCCCAAACAUGUUGAUCAGGGAAGUGGAGAGUGUCAAACACAAGCAUCGCAGCACCAAGUACUGUGAUCAGCUGAUUCAGAAGGCACAGAAGUUAGCAGCCAAGGAAGAAAACUAG